GAACCAAAGCGAAACACGACAUCCGGAAGUAGGUUUGAAAGCGAUACGGGAUUCCGGUUGCUGUGUUUUAGAAGCAAAUUAAUAAAAUAUAACUUGAAACCGACUUGCACAAAGCCGUAACUCUACACCAUGUCGAGGCAGUCUAACAGAACCACAGACAACAAGAAGAUGAACUCAGAAUUGUUUACUCUCACAUAUGGAGCCCUGGUCACACAGCUCUGUAAGGAUUAUGAGAACGAUGAGGAAGUGAACAAGCAGCUUGAUAAAAUGGGUUACAAUAUUGGAGUACGUCUCAUCGAGGACUUCUUGGCUCGCUCCAGUGUUGGCAGGUGUCAGGAUUUCCGGGAAACAGCCGAUGUCAUUGCAAAGGUAGCCUUUAAGCUGUAUCUGGGCAUCACACCCAGUGUGACGAACUGGAGCCCUGCUGGAGAUGAGUUCUCCCUCAUCAUGGAGAGUAAUCCACUGGUGGACUUUGUGGAGCUUCCAGACAACCAUAACACACUAAUUUACUCCAACCUACUGUGUGGUGUGCUGAGAGGCGCUCUGGAGAUGGUGCAAAUGGCAGUGGAUGUACGUUUUGCUCAAGACACACUAAGAGGAGACAAUGUAACAGAAAUCCGCAUGAAGUUCAUCAAGAGGAUUGAAGAAAAUCUGCCUGCCGGUGAUGAAUGAAGCUGCUGUGAUGUGGCUGGAGAAGCUGAAAAGCACUGGAUUACUGGAUCUGAAAGACUUUGAUCAUUGAGUUUGGUCAGAGCCGAACGCCUACGGUUAAGCCAAAAAAAGAGCUGAUCCUUUGUCUGGCAUUUAAGAAGUACUCAUCUUUUUGCUUUAUGUACCAUCACAUUUUCCAAAAGGGUCUGUGAUUUAAUUAAAACAUGAAUCUCUUAAAUGCCACCUUUCGACACUAUUACUGACCUGUUCCAAAUUUAAUUUGGAAAGAUGUUUAACUGGUGUAGUACUUUCUAAAGUUUAGUUUAAUAAAGUAAUUCCUUUA